AAAAAGAAAAUAAAUAAUUUAUUUUUGUAAAUAAUGAAAAAAAAAUACUUUUCUUUCACCUCGUUUCGUCUUGUUUGUUUAUUCAGAAUAUUUUAUUUCCAAGGGAUAGAUCCUGCACCUUUAACCUUUCACAUUUCAAUACCCAAAAAAAACAAAAAAACCAACGAAAAUCAAAUCAAUCUCCCUUCACUUCUCCCACAAAGACAUCACCAAACCCCAACUCUCUCCCCCCUCUUCCCCAAACCCAUCACUCCUUUUUCCCUCCUUCCCCUUUGGAUCUGAUUUUCUCUCCUUUUGUAUCCCUCCAAACACCAUUUUCCCUUUCCAAUCCAAACCCAGAAAUUUUUUUGGUUUGUUUUUUAUGAUUAUAUGUUUAAUUUGAAAUGGGAAUGCUUAUAUAGAAAGCAUGAGCAAGAAACCCAUUGGUAGCAAUAACAACCAAAAGGACGACGCUUCGACCCAAGAAGAAGAAGAAAAGGAAGAAAACGAACAACAAAAAGAAGGGAAAGUAGUUGAAGAAGAAGAAGAGUAUUUUUACGAAUCCCUUGAUCGCAUUGCUUCUUCUAAUUCUUGUUCCUGUUCUAACUCAACUUCUCCUUCUUCUGACUCGGAUUCCGACCCAAUUACCCGUUCUAACAAUGCCCGCCACCCAUUUCCCGUCCCGAAAUUCCCCAUGGCGGUUUCCAAGUUCGAUAUCUGGAUCUCUGAACCCGCCUCCGUUUCCGAAAGAAGAACCCGGCUGCUCCGUGAAAUGGGGCUUAGCCGCGACCCUGGUCUUUCCCGGUCAAAACCCGGGUCAGAAACGGAGGUUGUUGUGGGACAGGAAAUGGGUGGUGGUGGUGGAGGAAGAGGAGGAGAGUUUGGAAGAAGAUCAGUUCCGUCGGAUCGGUCGGUAAAAAAUAAGUUGGAAGAGCAACAACGUGGAGGGGAAAGGGGAAGUAAUUCUUCUGGAAUUAUACGAUCGAAAUCAGAUGGUGAUACGAGCCGCAAUAAUGAUUGUAAUGAUGUUGCUGUUUCUUGUUCUCCUUGUUUAUCUGUUUGUUCCAAUUCGUCUUCUUCCAUUCUUUCUGUUGGUUUAUGUCCUGUAAAUAAUAAUAAUAAUAAAAGAAACAACAACAACAACAACAACAACAAUAGUGAAUGUGAUCAUGUUAAUGCCGCGGCUGCUAACUUAAGAAGCUGUGAAAGUAAUGGGUCUACGUGUAAUAAGCCGCCCACGGGGAGGAGUGGUAAGAGUUUGAAUGGGGAACUUGGUUAUAAAUCAUUUGGUGGUUCAGAGGUUGUUGUGGUGGAGGAUAGGAUGGAUUGUAGUAAACAAAUGUGUACGAUUAGGAAUCUUGAUAAUGGAAAAGAGUUUGUGGUGAAUGAGAUUAGAGAAGAUGGGAUGUGGAACAAGUUGAAGGAAGUUGGGACAGGGAGGCAGUUGACUAUGGAGGAGUUCCAGAUGUGUGUUGGACAUUCUCCGAUUGUUCAAGAGUUGAUGAGGAGACAAAAUGUAGAAGAGGGUAAUAAGGAUAAUGCAAAUUUGAAUGUGAAUGGUGGUGGUGUUGGUGUAUCUAAGUUGAAGAAGAAAGGGAGUUGGUUUAAGAGUAUAAAGAGCGUUGCAAGUAGUGUGAAGGGUCAUAGGGAAAGACGAAGUAGUGAUGAGAGGGAUACAUCAUCAGAGAAGGGUGGGAGAAGAUCGAGUUCUGCCACAGAUGAUAGCCAGGAUGUUUCAUUUCAUGGGCUGGAGAGAGUGAGGGUAAAGCAUUACGGAAAGUCAUGUAAAGAACUCACUGCUCUUUACAAGAGUCAAGAGAUUCAAGCACAUACUGGGUCUAUUUGGAGUAUCAAGUUUAGUUUGGAUGGAAAAUACCUUGCUAGUGCUGGUGAGGAUUGUGUAAUUCAUGUAUGGAAGGUAGUUGAGUCAGAGAGGAAAGGGGAGUUGUUGAUGGAAAAGCCGGAAGAUGGGAAUUUGAACCUUUUGCUUGUGGCUAAUGGAUCUCCAGAACCAACUCUGUUUUACCCACGUGCAGAUCACCGUCCUGAGAAGAAGAGAAGAGGAAGGUCAUCCAUAAGCCGGAAGUCUUUGAGCCUGGACCGCAUUGUGGUGCCAGAAACUGUUUUUGGGCUUUCAGAUAAACCUGUUUGUUCUUUUCUAGGACAUUUGAAUGAUGUGCUCGACCUCUCAUGGUCCAAAUCUCAGCAAUUGCUCUCAUCUUCAAUGGACAAAACAGUGAGGCUUUGGGACUUGACUAGCAAGACUUGUUUGAGAGUAUUUUCACACAGUGACUAUGUAACUUGCAUCCAGUUUAAUCCAGUUGAUGAUAGAUACUUCAUUAGUGGAUCCCUAGAUUCUAAAGUUCGCAUAUGGAGCAUUCCUGAUCAUCAAGUUGUUGAUUGGAAUGAUCUGCAUGAAAUGGUCACUGCUGCUUGUUAUACACCUGAUGGCCAGGGUGCACUGGUUGGUUCAUACAAAGGAAGCUGCCGUUUAUACAAUACUCCUGAGAACAAGUUACAAUCGAAAAGUCAAAUCAAUUUGCAGAAUAAAAGGAAGAAAUCUCAUCAAAAGAAAAUUACAGGUUUCCAGUUUGCACCUGGGAGUUCAUCAGAAGUACUCAUCACAUCUGCAGAUUCACGAAUUCGGGUUGUUGAUGGUGCCAAUCUAAUUCACAAGUUUAAAGGAUUUCGGAACACCAACAGCCAAAUCUCGGCUUCUGUUACGGCAAAUGGAAAAUAUGUUGUCUCUGCUAGUGAGGACUCUUACGUUUAUGUGUGGAAACACGAAGCAGAAUCCCGGCCUAGCAGAAAUAAAGGAGCUACAGUGACACGCUCAUAUGAACAUUUUCAUUGUAAAGACGUAUCAGUGGCCAUCCCUUGGCCAGGCAUGGGUGAUGCGUGGGGAUUAAGAGAUACACAAUUGAAUGAUCAAAAUUGUUUGGAUGACAAUAUUGAUGAAGUUUCAACAGCCAAUCAUCCUCCUACGCCUGUUGAGGAGUAUAGUGGAAACGAGGGUUCAUUAUCAGCAUCCCGGUGCUCCAAUAGCCCUCUCCAUGGAACCAUUUCUAGCGCAACCAACAGCUACUUCUUUGACAGAAUCUCAGCUACAUGGCCAGAGGAAAAACUUCUGGCUACUAGGACCAGGAGCCCCAGGACCAGUGUAGACUUUUCCUCCGGGGUUAACCCAAACAUGUCACCUUGGGGUAUGGUGAUUGUGACUGCUGGCCUUCGAGGAGAGAUUAGAACUUUCCAAAAUUUUGGAUUGCCUAUUCGGAUUUGAUGGGCCAAAAAAAGGGUGGUGGGUGGGUGGGGGAGGGGGGGAAUGAGUUGAUAAUCCAUCAGUACAGUCCAUUUCCCCCCUUUGGUUAAAUUGUGUACAGAGAAAUAUUGGUUGAGAUUUGUAAUAUUAGCGAGUUUCAUUUCUUUCUUUGUGCCUGUGCUCAUUGGCUGUGGGGUAAUGGGAAGCCACACCAGUUGAGCAUUGAGGAAAAUAUAGAUUUGUUCAGAGGAAAAAAAAAAACUACACCAUGAAUUUAGAAUCCCAUAUAUUUCUCAUGUCGGGAAUUGUAGAGUUAAGAUCACGGCAAAAGCUUUAUCGAAUUGAAAAUGAAAUUCUUUUACUAUUCAUUCUCAGCUGUCAUUCUUAUGUUCUU